AGUGUUUAUUUUGUCUUCAUGGUGUAAUGGUAGCCAGGGAUACUGAUUCAGCUGUAACUGGACCUUCCUGCUUAAAUCACUUGAGACACAAUCACUGCACUCAGGUGAUCCCCUUUUCACCAAUUAUAGGGCUAGUAGCACUAGUGAGCUGGAACUCUAAAAGGGCUAAAUAUUUAUGCAGCCACUCAUUUUCCCUUACAUAUUUUUAUUUAAUCAACAUUACUUUGUAGAAAGCUGAUUCUACUUUGACAAAGAUUUUUUGGGUCAAAAAGGCCAAAUCAUCCAGACCAUGAUUGAGUCAUAACACCAAUAAAUGUGUAAAGCAUCCAAGCAGGUGAUAUUUUUAAAAGCGCUGUAUUUAAAUGCUUUUUAUGCAGUCUUUAAAUGCUUUUCUUGUUAUAAAUGUUUUUCUUCCCAUGUGCAGAAACGGGCAGCCAUGCUUUCAGAGCAGCUUCCCCUAACACUCUCACAUAAAAACACAUCUGACACAAUAUUUUUGAGCAACACAUCCUGUGAAGCUCCACCUACUGAGUGUGCAUGUGCAUCUAUCUAAUGGGAGGAAACAGAGUGGUGAUAACAAGUUCUGCUUUUUAUACCAUCAAGUCAAAGCAGAAAAAAAGAACAAAGUACAACGUUAUGCUUCAGUAAAUGCGUCAAUCCUUGAUUCAGCCGGUGCUUAUUCUUUUUCUUUUGUAACAUUGUUCUUUUACUGUCAGGUAACUGUUUCAUUUAUUUUAUUGUGUGGGAUGAGUUCAACAAUGAAAACCUUGAUUCUGCUCAUUCUGGUAACACUGCCUGGUGUGUGGAGUGGAGACUGGGAUGUGACCUUCACAGAUCAGUGUGCUCUGAAAGGAUCAUCAGUGGUGAUCCGGUGCAAGUAUGACUACCCUUGGCAUCAUUUAGUCACUAGUACAGGCUGGUAUAAAGCAGUGAGGAAAUCUGGAAGGUUGGUGCUGGUUCCCUUAUCAGAAAUCUCUUCAGACCCAAAUCACUUCAUAUAUGUGGGUGACAAAUCAUCUGACUGCAGUCUGAAGAUUAACAAUGUGCAGCACUCAGACAUAGGAGGUUACUACUUUCAUUUUAAGACUACGUUGAACAAGUGGACAAGUCAGAGACCUGCUGUUUUGACUGUAGGAGAGUUGACUGCUGCUGUUCAGCCAAGCACAGUGACAGAAGGAGAUAGUGUCCGUCUGACCUGUUGGUCAGGGUGUCCUACACCUGUGGAGAAAGUCUGGUUCAGAGAAGGACGACAUGUUUCAAAUUCAGUCUUCCAGGCCAGGAGGACGGAUGCUGGGAGAUACUACUGUGGUGUCCUGAGACAAAACACAGUCCGAUCUGCAUCAGUGGUUCUCAAUGUUCAAUAUGCUCCCAGGGGAGUCUCUCUGUCAGUGAACCCAUCAUCGAUGGUAGUCAAAGGGCGUUCAGUCACGUUGACCUGCAGGAGUGAGGCUAACCCUCCCGUGGGUUACAGCGGAUACAGACUGUAUAAAGAUGGACGUUUGAUCUCAUCAGGACCAACUUACACCAUCUCUGAUGUCCAGCCGAGCCACAGCGGACUGUUCUGGUGUCAGGCCUGGAACAACAUCAGGAGGGACGGCAUCAGCCUGAUCAACUCUUCUCAGGUUCACCUGGAUGUCCUGUACCCUCCAAUGAACAUUUCUGUUACAAUGGACCCUCCUCAUGUCUCUGAGGGUGGCAAUGUGAAUAUGACCUGCAGCUGCUCUGCAAACCCUGCUGCAGAAAGCUACACCUGGUUCAGGAGGACAGCUUCUCCCAGCUCCACCUCCAGCAUGCUGCAGGUGGGCUCAGGACAGGUGCUGUCCCUCCUCUCUGUGGAGACGUCCCACACUGGACUGUACCUCUGCAGGGUCAGGAACAAAAUGGGAGAAAAUAACUCAACAGAAAUGCUGCUUACUAUGACGGCAGCGGAUCAUGGGACUCAGUCCAUUCUCGCCUUAGCUGGAGUCGGAUUUCUUCUGUUGCUUAUGCUCCUGUUAGCAGUUUUUUUGUUUUGGAGGAAAAAGACAAAGUAUGAAGAGAAAAAAGACCGUAUUGUCUCCAGUCGAAGCAAUAGCUCAACAGUCGCUGAAGAUCCAGUUGACAGUGUUUACAUGAACAUUGGUGCUUUAUCGUCUUUCCCGCUGCCUGUGAAUGAUCAGGACUUCAGCCCUCAUUCAAAGGCCCAAGCAUCUGUUGAAGAUGACGUUACGUACUCAGUAGUGACCAUCAAACCCAAAAACUCUGCUCCUUCACAUCGCAUGAACAACAACAGAGCCACCAGGGAGUGUCGGUUGGAAGCAGGAGAAAAUGAGGACUCUGUGAUCUACUCCACUUUGGCAAAACCCAGCUAGGUGUUAUUUUUUCCUGAGUAAAAAGAGUUUUAUCAUUAUCAUCCAAAAACCUGUGAAUCAUCAUCCUUUUAAGGAGGUCAUGAAAAAUUCAAAGCUUUGUCUAUAAAAGGCAAUAAGAAAUGAGAUUUUGGAUCAAGUGCAAUAGUUUCAAAACCACUCAGCUUUAGUUAAUGUGGAAUUGUCAAUCUUUGUAUUUAUUGUAUUAAGUUAUAUUGUUAUGUUAUUGUAAGUGUUAUUUUUUUACUUUAGCACUGUAAUUUUUACUGAAUACAGAUGUUGGUACUUUUUAUCACUAUUCAAAGCAGAUAGAUUCGCCUGUUUCCGUGUUUCUCACUGGUGAAUCCAUCUUGCAAAGCUCCCGCCUGAACUGUUUGAGCCCAGUUAGAAAAUGACAGGACCAAUCAGCAUCAAGGGGCAGUACUU